AUGGCUUUGCAGUUCAUCGACCAGAGCCCUAGUGGGAUAGGAAUCUCCGACAGGCGUCUCAUCCGCUCCCAUGUUAUGCGAGGCAAGAAUGCCGGGAAGCAACGCCAAUCCACCAAGAAGCAAAAGAGUAUCGCCGAGCUCAAGUCCUUCUUGAGCACUUCAGGAUCAGGGCAUGUGAUGCUGCGUCAAGUGCUUUGGGGCGAUUUGUGCCUUACUUCGUUCCCUCAAGAGCUCGACUCCGAGUCCACGGCACUCUUGCAUCGGUGGUUCUUUGACAUAAGUGAUGCGUUGUUCCCACCGCAGUUUUGUACCAAAUUCGACAUUAUCAAGUCAAUCUGGGUUAACUAUAUUCUAGCAGAUGAAGCAUAUUUUCAUAGCACGUUGGCUAUAUCCGCGUCUUACGUCGACUUCCGCCGACGUAGGUCAACAAUAUCGUCCAAAACCCUUCACCACAUCACCCAGGCAUAUGCCUUGGUCAAUAUGAAACUUUCUGGUCCCUUCUCUGUUUCCGACAGCGCCAUAGCCGCCGUGGUCAGCCUCGCCAUCUAUCAGCAAGUGCAUCGCCAACCUACAACGGGACUAGUGCAUCUCCACGGGCUCCAUCGCAUGAUCCAGCUGCGGGGUGGGAUCACCCGGCUGAUGCAGGAAAAUCGGGCGCUAGCACUGAAGCCGUUGAGGCUCGAUGUCGAAUUGGCAAUGCAAAUGGGCACCCCAACCCUGUUCUGUGGCAACGAAGUGCCCGUUCAACCGAUCCUAUGCGACCCCGACGUCAGCAGCGGACCGUUCUCCAAAGCAGCUUCCUGGAUGCCACUCAUCAUGCUCAAUCUAUUAAGCUUCUCAAGGCUGCUCAACGAGGUGGAAACAAGACAGAAACUGAAGCUAAAUCCUCUUGACUAUACUGAGACACUUCUAUUCCUCCUUUAUCGCCUUGUAGAGAUCUCGCGUCUCGGGCAACCCUCUACCAAGCGUGGAGGACUCUACGGCAACGUCACAAACCUUACGAUGCUGGCAUUUAUGACCACAUUGCUGCCCGAGUACACCCGUGAUGGAUCUAGUGGCACCCUUCUUUCUGAUCGUCUGGGAAGCGCCAUACAAGACCUUUGUGUCAUAGAGUCGGAGUCUUUGGGCUGUAAUCCUCCUCUACUCUUGUGGGUUCUUUUGAUGAGUGGGAUAUCCGUGCUCAAUCCUCAACACUAUCACUGGCUCUUGCCAUUAAUUGCCGACACAUGUGAGAGACUGAAGCUGAACAACUGGGCUGUCAUUCAGCAGCAGCUAGGUCAGUUUCCUUGGAUAUUCGCGUUGCAUGAAGCUCCCGGCCACCGCUUAUGGGAGGAGACACGACUGAGAAGCAGAACGAUUUCAUGGGAGACUUCAGCACGAGAUUCAUGA